AUGGGAGCAGGCAGGUAUGAAUGGACCAAUCUGGACACCGGGGAGCUGCCGGCUGCAGCGCUGUACCCCCAGCAUGGAAGCAGCAAGCAGCGGGCGCAUCCCCACCACGAUCCCUAUGCUGAGGCCUCCCUCGCUGUGGGAAUACAGCCAGGCUUUCCUCGAUGUUCCAAGGAGCAGAGAGGAGCCAGGAGGCUGGUCAUGAAAAGGAAGGUGCUGAGGCGCAGACCCGAUGGGGGAGUGGAAGUGUCCGACGAGUCAGUGCCCAGCGAGCCCGAGAGCGAUCCCGAGGCUUGGAGCCCGAGGCAGGAAUUGCCUGAGCCAGAUGACAGCAUCUCUGAGGGGGAGAUUGAGACCAGCAGCAGCUCCCAUGAUGAAUCCCUGUGCCAGUGGCUCCCUGCGGACAGCACCCCCUUUCUCCUCGGGGAUUUUGGGAGCAGGAGCUCUUCUGUUUCUCAGUACACAGCGGAACAACCCAAAUCCUUCAUCCCACCACGGCUUGAGCUGCUGGGACGGAACAGGGGGAAGACUGACCGAGUGGCCAAAUACUUUGAGUAUAAACGAGAAUGGGAGAAAUUCCGAAUCCCGGGAGAGGAUCAGCGGCAGGAGCUGCGCUGGAGCAUCCGGGAGCAGAUGCUCUGCAAGGCCGAGCUUCCCGGGAAGCCACCGCAGCACCUCUACAUCCCCAACACCUAUACGGUGCCCACUGAGAAGAAGAGAGCUGCCCUGCGCUGGGAAGUGCGCUGGGACCUGGCCAACGGCCUCAUUCCCAGGAAAACCACCUCUGCCUAG